AUGCAGCCACUAAGUGUAAUCCAACGGAUCCAAAGGCUAGAGUCAACUGUGGGUACCCCACCAUCUCAGAGAAGGACUGCACAGACUAAGGUUGCUGCUUUGAUGACAGCAUUCCCCAAGUGGUGUGGUGUUACCAGCCAGAGAUUCAAGCAGGUACAGUACAUAGUAUUCGACUGA